AUGCCGUUCCCUGUGGAAUGGCAAGGUUAUUCACCAGGACCCUAUGCGACCGACAACAACAACCUCGACUUUGAGAUGUUCGAUUUUGAAGUUCAACGGGAUUCACAUAUGGGGGCGACACCGAUCUCCGAACCCCCGAACAUCAGCCAAGACCCUACAGAUCUAUCCAUGGAAAAUCCCAGAGAGAUGACUCUUCAAAGUCCUAUGCCGGUGUCAAAUCCGACUCCAGUCAAAGGAAAAAGAGUCCGAACAGGAUGUCUUACAUGCCGUGAGAGACAUCUCAAGUGUGACGAAGCCGUGCCCGAUUGCAUGAAUUGCCGAAAGCGAGGCCGUGAAUGUAAAAGGGGAGUACGUCUUAACUUUCUGGAUGUCAACCUCCAUCGACCUGCCGCUAUACCAAGUCCCGGAGGCUGGGAAGUCGAGUUCCAAGAUGAAUCGCGGGACAUUGCUUCAGAAUAUCAGGGCGGACUUGGACGAUAUGCGCCUUACGCUUCUGAAGUUGUUGAAGACAGCGAUGACCGGUACGAAACAGUGAAUUCAGCCACCGCAGCUCAUAUUCAAGGUAUAGAUGCAUCAGCUGAUAGACUUCAACCUGGUGCGCAACACCAUUUCAACUAUUCUCAGGCUAACGCCGCAGCUGGACCUUCAGAAAACUCAAGGUUUAAAACAGACACCGGUAUCAAGCUUGAGCUUAACGAAAACGAACAUGGGACGCUGAGCGACGCGUCCCAUAUAGCCACACCAUCGUCAUCAACAAAGGCUGUUGUAACUCCACGAGCAGAAGUAUUUCCAGAGCAGCUGAUGGCGAUGAGGAACCGUCCUCUGGCACAGCAAACUUCAACAGAAGAGGCGGAAAACUUGGUGAUACCCCAGCUGGACACACCGCCUCGAAUUCAAAGGCCGCUCGUCGAACAAGCCUUCGAGGCUGACCAUGUGCAACCUUCUUCAGCAACCCAAAGCAACGAGCCGGUGGGCCGCAACAUAUUGACAUCAGCCGAAGAAAUCCAUUACAUGCAAGUCUUUGUCGAAGAAGUUGCUGUUUGGAUGGAUUCGUUCAACCGGGAGAAACAUUUCACCCGAAGCAUUCCGUAUCACGCUCUGAGGUCGACAAUGCUCCUCAAUGCUCUUCUGGCAUGCGGUGUCAAACACACUUCUCUAGCUGCUCCGGAAAAUCAUGAGAAAGCGCUGUUCUACUACAACACCGCGACCACGCAGCUCCUUCGAAGUCUCCAGAACCCUGAUCGAAAUACUGCCGAGUGUGCCACGACAGCGAUCGUUCUGAAUGUAUACGAGAUUAUGUGCGAAAAGCCUGCCCAGCGUAUGAGCCACAUAGCAGGUUCGCGAGCUCUUGUACGCGAAUGUGGAUGGGACGCCAGGAGUACAGGGAUUGGACUGGCCUGCUUCUGGUUGAACAUAGGAAUUGAAGUUCUCAAUUGCCUGGCAACAAAUUGGCAGACAACGUGGAGUCCCGACGAAUGGGGAAUGAGCCUUGGAUCUCAUAACAAUAACCACGAUGACGAAGAUGAAGACGAGCAGACAUGGGUACACCGUGCGCUCUACAUCAUUGCAAAGGUUGCGAACUUCCGAGCGACUGCGUCCCGACCCGAUGACAUUAGCCCCCAUAACGAACAAAUGUUGGAACAUCCAUUGCCCAAGAAAGAUGCGACCCUUUGGUUAUGUGAAAGCGGAAAAGUCGACAAGCAAGUCGCUAUUUCCCGGCAUAUGGAUGAUUCAGCGGGAGGCAACAAUAGGCCAACUGCUUUCUCAUACUGCGCAUUGCAUCCUUUCACAGACGCAUCCCCUGGAAUCCCCAGCGUCUUCGCAGAGGCUGCGGUUCUUGCAGCUGCAGCAUGCCUAUCAGCUGCUGUGCUGAGGAACCCAAAUGAACAAGACGAGAUCCUCGAGAUCCUUGACAGGUUCAAUAGCACAAAUGGCUGGCGUUUGGGUGCCGUUGAGAUGGAACUCAAGAGAGAAUGGGGUUGGGAGCGUAUGAAGAUGCCCACCUCGAGCCCAAAAACAGACAACAGCCAGGAUUCGGUAAUAUCAGCGGUCCGAAGAGCCUCCAUGUCCUUGACACCGUCGAGAAUUUUGACACCGCCUGUCAUGGGCCCUGUGGGAACGAAAACACCGGUCAACCCAUUGAGCUUUGCCGAUUUCAAGCUACCCAACCAUCCGUACCAGAAUUGGUAUGAGCCACCAAGUCGAUCGAGCUCGUUCGAUCCACCACCAUCAUAA